AUGUCGCAGUACCACGUUUUUUCGAUACCGACAUCUCUUCUCGAAACCCUUACUCCAAGAACGCUCUUCGGGGAACCGAUAUCUCAGUUAUCUCAAGAAUCCAAGCCCACCGUUGCUCAUGAACCUCAGAUCGCUACAAGCUCCCGAGCAUGCAAUAUAUGCCUCGGAGUCACGUUCACCGACGUCGACGUGCAAAGAGAGCACUUCCGAUCGGACUGGCACCGCUACAAUGUGAAGCUCAGGAUCAACGGUGCUCAGCCUGUCGCUGAGACAGACUUUGCCAAACUUGUCGACAGGUCUGAGUCCUCCGCCGACUCAUCGGGAUCGGAUUCUGACGCCGUAAAUGCACUUGCGAACAAGGCGAAGCGCAACGGGAGAUCCCUAUCUCCCACCGAGAGGAAGGCAGCACCACAAACCGCGAUAACAUGGUUCCAUUCGCCCCCCGACACGCAGAUCGGUGUAUACAGGGCCAUGUUUUCCCAACAAAGUGACCCCACUGCAUAUCUGUUAGAACUGAAGGAGAUGCAAAUACCAUACGAGGAUGGCCGGACGUGGGCUUUGUUCAUGGUCGCUGGCGGACAUUUCGCUGGGGCUAUCGUCCGGGUCAGUCGUGCGGCAGACGACGAAGAUGAGGCCGACAAUAAGCGGAAGAAACACAAAAAGCCGAAGCCAGACACGGAAGUCUUGCGGCACAAAACAUUCCACCGAUAUACCACUCGCCGGAAACAGGGAGGGUCACAGUCAGCAAAUGAUAACGCCAAAGGCCCCGCGAAAAGUGCUGGUGCCCUUCUACGUCGCUAUGGAGAGCAAGCAUUACGAGAUGACAUACGGAACCUCUUGCAAGACUGGGCUGAGGAACUGAGCGCAUGUGAGCGUAUAUGGAUACGAGCAAGCACUUCAAACCGCAAGAUAUUCAUGGAUUAUGACGGCUCAGUCAUCGCAAAAGGCGAUGACCGCCUGAGAACGUUCCCGUUCCCAACACGUCGACCGACACAAUCAGAGCUCUCACGAUGUUUGCUGGAGCUCACGCGAGUUAAGGUCUCCCAUCUGACCGAGGAUGCGCUGCGGGCACAAGACGAGGCUUACCUGAACAGCUUACCCAAGCCCAAGCUAGUACCAGUCGUCAAGGAGCCUCUUCCUGAUAAACCGAAGCCCCCCGUCCUCACUAAGGAAGAGGAGCAGCUGCGCGAUAAGUGGGGUCGACUACUGGAGAUGGUAAGCAAGGGUAGGCUGGAACCAUUGAGGGCUUUCUGGGAGCGCGAAGCUUCGAGCUUGGGGGGCGUCAAUACCGCCAUCCCUGAGUGGGCGGGAGAAAGACAUAAGACUCUGCUUCAGGUCGCGGCGCGUGCGGGACAGGCUGAUACGGUCAAAUGGCUGCUGGACGAGGCCGGCGCGGACCCUACAAUUGAGGUCGGCGAUUUGGAUGAUGAGGACGACGAUCAUUCGGACGCUUCAGAUGCACCAGCGGUGGUCUCGAAGGGAUCACGACGGACAGCGUACGACCUCGCGCGAACGCGGGCCGUUCGGGAUGUGUUUAGGCGAUGUGCUGGUGAUCAUCCAGAGAAAUGGGACUGGCUUGGUGCGGGGCAUGUACCUAGUGUGCUGAGCAAGCAGAUGGAGGAGGAAAGGGAUGAGAGGAAGAAGCAAAGACGGAAGGGGCUGAAGGAGCGCGUGAAGGAGCGCGAGGCAAGAGAGAAGGGACAGAGUCGGUCUGUUUCCCCGGAGGUGGUGGUGCAGCCUGCUGCUAAGGUGGAGGAUGUGCGGUCUGUUGGUGGACCGAGAAGGUUGGGAGGAAGUUCAGGGGCGGCGGAGGGCGUAGCCGGCCUUACCCCGGAGAUGAGAGCCAAGGUUGAACGAGAACGGCGGGCAAGAGCUGCAGAGGCGCGACUGAAAGCGUUGGGGGGCGGGUAG